AUGCAGUCACUCUUUCUCGCCGCCUCCGUGGUAGGCCUGUCGGCUUAUGCCCUUCCCUCCAAUGCCACUGUAACGGCUUCGCCCCACGUCGUGUACACCACGGAAGUUGUCACGGCCCUGACGACCUACUGCCCGGCCGCCACCACGCUCACUUACAACUCAAAGACCUACACAAUCACCUCUGCGACUACCUUGACCAUUACCGACUGCCCAUGCACCAUCCACAAGCCGGUUCCCACUGGCCCGGCCCAGGAUGAGUGCGCCAAGCAGUGCGUUGCUGCCCUGUACGCGUGCAAGGCCAAGCCGGACGCCAACCAGUCUUUCUGCGUGUCGACUUAUAACAACUGCCUCGGAUUCCAGGCCAUCGGCGGCGGCAAGGCCGACUACUCUCCCUCUGCGUGCUCCAAGGAGGACAGCAAGCCGACUCCCACUGGUCAAGUCCCCGGUCAGGGUCAGGACGAGUGCGCCAAGAACUGUCUUGGAUACGAGGCCAUCGGUGGUGGCAAGGCUGAUUACUCCCCCUCUUGCUGCUCCAAGGAAGGCAGCAAGCCGACCCCCACUGGUCAAAUCCCUGGUCAGGGCCAGGAUGAAUGUGCUAAGAAGUGCGUUGCUGCUCUUGGUGAUUGCAAGGCUCAGCCUGGCGCCAACCAGUCUACCUGUGUUUCCAACUAUAACAGCUGCCUCGGCUAUCAGGCCAUCGGCAACGGCAAGGCUGAUUACUCUCCCUCUGCUUGCUCCAAGUCUGGCGGUAGCACGCCUACUUCUACUGCCCAGGUUCCUGGCCAGGGUCAAGGCCAGGAUGAAUGCGCUAAGAAGUGCGUUGCUGCUCUGGGCGACUGCAAGGCUCAGCCGGGUGCCAACCAGUCUACCUGUGUCUCCAGCUAUAACAGCUGCCUCGGCUACCAGGCCAUCGGCAACGGCAAGGCUGAUUACUCUCCCUCUGCUUGCUCCAAGUCUGGCGGUAGCACGCCUACUUCUACUGCCCAGGUUCCUGGCCAGGGUCAGGGUCAGGGUCAGAGCGAGUGUGCCAAGAAGUGUGUUGCUGCUCUGGGCGACUGCAAGGCUCAGCCGGGUGCCAACCAGUCUACCUGCGUCUCUAACUACAACAGCUGCCUGGGCUAUCAGGCCAUCGGCGGCGGCAAGGCUGACUACUCUCCUUCUGCCUGCUCACAGCAAGCCACUGGCACCGGCACUGGUGUCCCGACUGUGCCCACUGUCCCUGUGACUGCUGGUGCCGCAGACAUUGCCCGCCCUGUCGGUCUUUUCCUCGUUGGUGCGGCGCUGCUCCUCUAG